UUGUAAAAUGGACGACGAAUACGCAGCCGUCCAGAAAGGAGGUCUAAAACUCAAAGUUAAAGAACAAGGAGGAAAAAAGAAAAAGAAGAAGGACAAGGAAAAAAAGAAAUUGGAAGAACACAAUGCAUCAAGACCAUCCAAGACAAAAGCAGAAUUAGCUUUUGAGAGGGCUAAAAAGAAAAAAAUCCUUCAGCGGGCAUUCCACAAAGAGAGAAUUAUGGAGUUCAACCAGCAGUUGGAUAACUUGACUGAACACUUCGACAUACCAAAAGUGAGCUGGACCAAGUAA